AUUGAGAGAGAAAAAAAGAUAGGUUAAUGGCGCUAGUGUUGUGUAUACAUGAAUUCUAGUCAAGUGAAAAACUACCGAUUAUUUUCUCAUGAAGCCCGCCAGAAUGUCGGGUAUUACGCCGAAAAGGAAGGAGAUUUACAAAUAUGAAGCCCCAUGGACAUUAUAUAGUAUGAAUUGGGGAGUUAGACCGGACAAACGGUUCAGAUUGGCGGUGGGAAGUUUCGUCGAAGAAUACAAUAAUAAGGUUCAAAUUGUAGCUCUGAAUGAAGAGACUUCGGAAUUUGAAGCAAAGAGUACGUUUGAUCAUCCUUACCCAACAACUAAAAUCAUGUGGAUACCUGAUAAUAAGGGUGUGUUUCCGGAUCUCUUGGCAACCAGUGGAGAUUAUCUGCGAGUUUGGCGAGUCGGAGAUACUGAUACAAGAUUAGAAUGUCUUCUUAAUAAUAACAAAAACUCAGAUUUCUGCGCUCCUCUGACGUCGUUUGAUUGGAACGAGGUGGACCCUAAUCUGCUGGGGACGUCCAGCAUUGAUACGACGUGUACUAUCUGGGGAUUGGAGACAGGACAGAUCGUUGGGAGGGUUAACAUGGUGACAGGCCACGUCAAAACACAACUCAUUGCUCACGAUAAAGAGGUUUACGACAUCGCUUUCAGCCGAGCGGGGGGCGGUCGCGACAUGUUUGCGUCCGUGGGUGCGGACGGUUCCGUGAGGAUGUUUGAUCUCAGGCAUCUGGAGCACUCGACGAUCAUCUAUGAAGACCCCCAGCAUCAUCCGCUGUUGAGAUUAGCCUGGAAUAAGCAGGAUCCCAACUACUUGGCUACCAUGGCCAUGGACUCAUUUGAGGUUAUUAUUUUGGAUGUCAGGGUUCCGUGCACACCAGUCGCCAGACUCAACAACCAUCGAGCAUGUGUGAACGGCAUCGCCUGGGCUCCACACUCCUCUUGCCACAUAUGUACAGCUGCUGAUGACCAUCAAGCGUUGAUUUGGGACAUACAACAGAUGCCCCGGGCCAUUGAAGACCCUAUCCUAGCUUACACUGCAGAGGGAGAGAUCAACCAGAUACAAUGGGCUUCGACGCAGCCAGACUGGAUCGCCAUCUGCUAUAAUAACUGUCUGGAGAUUCUUAGGGUAUAGGUUGAGGCAAGGUAGGGGUAGAGCUGACAGAUGGACUGACUGACGGACGGACAGGCUGGAUCCUGUCCUAGCUUUCAACCUGGGGAGCAUUUCAUCAAUAUUUUCAUCCGACAACUUGUCAGAUCUGACAUCUUUACAUGAUUUUGAUUGGCUGAGAGGCACUGUUCCUAUGGUAACUGUCGGAUAAAACGUCCGACAAGUCCUUUCAUGAAAUGCCCCCCAGAUACCAGGGGAAAAAAUCACGGGGCCCAGGGCGAUUUCGCCCUGGAUAAUGCUCAAGAGAGUCCAGGAGAGUGUUUCAUUAACAUUUUCCUCCGACAAGUUGUCAGAUAUGACAGCUUUCCUUGAAUUUGAUUAGCGGAGAAACAUUGUUACCGUGGUAACUGUCGGAUCGAACAGUACUUGUCGGAUAAAACGUCAGACAAGUCCUUUCAUGAAAUGCUCCCCUGGCUUCUACACACCCAGUCUGCAUUGCUAUCUGCUGUAACUGUCUGG